AUGGGCAACAACAGCAGCAUAGCAAAGAGAUGGAAACAACUCAGCGGUGAAGACCAAUGGAAUGGACUAUUAGACCCUCUUGACAUCGACCUACGGCGUUACAUAAUCCACUAUGGUGAAAUGGCAGAAGCAACAUAUGAUUCUUUCAACUCAGAAAAAGCAUCAAAGUUUGCUGGUACUUGUAGGUAUGCAAAAAAAGAUUUCUUCCAAAAAGUUUAUCUGGAAAAUGGAAAUCCAUUUAAAUAUUCUGUGACAAAGUAUAUUUAUGCAACUUCCCAAAUAGCUCUUCCUGAAGCUUUCAUUGUGAAGUCUUCUUGGGAGGAUGCUUGGUGUAAAGAAUCAAAUUGGAUUGGGUAUGUUGCUGUGGCUACUGAUGAAGGGAAAAAGGCUUUGGGGAGAAGGGAUAUUGUUGUUGCUUGGAGAGGAACUAUUCAGACAUUGGAAUGGAUUGAGGAUCUUGAGUUUUGGUUGGUUUCUGCUCCUAAAGUGUUUGGUCAUGACAACGUUGUUGAUCCUAAAGUACAUCAAGGUUGGUACUCCAUUUAUACUUCUGAAAAUCAAGAAUCUCCAUUCAAUAAGACAAGUGCCCGAGAACAGGUUUUAACUGAGGUGAAAAGGUUGGUGGAAACAUACAAGCAUGAAGAAACAAGCAUAACAAUAACUGGACACAGUUUAGGUGCUGCACUUGCAACUCUAAAUGCAGUAGACAUUGUUAAAAAUGGUUACAACAAACCAAGUGACCCAUCUGUCAAGGCAUCACCAGUUGCAGCCAUAAUAUUAGCAAGUCCAAGAGUUGGUGACGAAAAUUUUAAAACUGUUUUUUCUAGUUUUAAAGAUCUCUCACUAUUACGCAUUGCAAAUGAGUUAGAUAUUGUACCAAAGUAUCCUUUAGUUUCCUAUUCAGAUGUUGGGGAAGAGUUGAAAAUUGACACUACAAAAUCCAUGUAUUUAAAGAAGUCAUGUAAUCCGUCCAGUAAGCAUAAUUUGGAGAUUUAUUUGCAUGGAGUAGCAGGGACACAAGGGAGUAAUGGAGGAUUCGAUCCUGAGGGUAAUCGUGAUAUUUCACUUGCGAAUAAAACGAUGGAUGCUUUGAAAGAUGAAUAUCAUGUACCUGCGUCAUGGAGGGUUGUAGAGAAUAAGGGUAUGGUUCAACAAUUGGAUGGUUCUUGGAAGCUUGUGGAUCAUGAGGAUGACACUCAGUUUUAA